AACUAUCAUCACUUGCUUUCCAUUGGUGGGUACUGUCGGCUGUCGUCUGGAGUUUUCUGAGAAUAAUCGUGAGAAAAGGAUUGAUUUGAUUAAUAAUUCCUCAGAUUUAACCUGUAGACUUUCCACUGAAUUGACUCCAUCCAACCGAGUUGAACGGAUAAUUCCAUGGCUCGUGAGAACAUUGCCGCCAAAGCUAUCCUUUGUGAUAUUGAGGGGACGACGACUUCGAUUCAGUACGUGAAGGAUACACUUUUCCCAUUCUCCGUUGAGCACGCCGAAAAGUACAUCACAGCCAAUUGGGACAGAAAUGAAACGCAGGAUGCUGUAAACGCUCUGAUACAACAAGCCAAAGUUGAUAUUAAAAACAACAUUGAGGGCAUUGUUCCUAUAUCAGAAGAGGAAACAAAUAAAGAUAAAAUUAUAGAAGCAGUUGUAAAGAAUUUCCGCAUACAAGUGAAAAACGACCUGAAAGUAGCUCCAGUGAAAAACUUACAAGGUCUUAUUUGGCAGGAAGGAUACAAGUCGGGGUCUGUGAAGGGACACAUUUAUGACGACAUUCCUAGAGCCUUCUCUAAUUGGCAAAAUAAUGGCGUCAAAUUGUACAUUUAUUCAAGUGGAAGUGUGCAUGCACAAAAGCUGCUAUACGGCUCCAGUGAAUCCGGGGACUUACUUCCUUACAUUGCCGGUCAUUUUGACACGAAAGUUGGAAUGAAACAAGAAACAAAAUCGUAUGAGAAUAUAUUGAAUGAGAUAAAGUGCAAUGGGUCGGAUGUGGUGUUUUUCACGGAUAUUCCAAAAGAAGCGUAUGCUGCCAAGGCAGCAGGAAUAAGAGCGAUAUUACUGGAUAGACCAGGAAAUGCGCCACUAAGCCAAGAGGACCGUGCUGUGUUUAAAGUUAUUAAAACGUUUGAUGAGGUGAACAUAAAGUUACCGGAAUGAAGAUUGGUUGGUUCUUAAUAAAUGAUUACAAAUUAUUAUA